AUGGUGGACAGGGUCAGUGCAUUGCCCGAUGACAUCCUUGUUAGUUUAGUGUCCCGCUUGCCGCUAAAGGAAGCAGUAGCUACCAGUGUCCUUUCUAGGCGAUGGCAGAAUGUGGGACUGUCUACUAUGAACCUUAGGUUUGAUGCUGUUGACGGCUCAACUGACAAUAAUUUCCGCCACUACCCUUGGAAACUAAAAGAAGCUAUAGAGUACUGGAAGCGCUGGAAAUACAUCGAUUGGGUGAAUCGUGUGGUGCAACAGUAUAGAGGGAAACAUAUAGAAGAAUUCAGGAUCAGCCUCCCUUUAGAUAGUCGCUUUUCAAGUUCCAUUAAUGAAUGGAUUCAAUUUGCAAUGGAAAAGAGUGUCGAAAGGCUUGAGUUGGAUUUUGAUCUAGCAGUUUCUACUAGAUUUGAAGAUUAUACAUUUCCCCACAAACUUUUGGGGAUCUGCUUUCCAAGUCUGGGCUGUUGUGGAUACAAUAUUGGUUUCAAGUCCCUCAAAGUUCUUCAGAUCCGACAUGUUGGCGUGACUGGAGAAGUUCUCGAGUAUUUCCUGUCCAACUGUCCAUUACUCGAGAGAUUAUCAGUCACUUGCGCAAAAGGUUUGGUUAAUUUAAGAGUUGUUGGUUCAUCGAUUGCGUUGAAGUAUUUGGGCCACAAUGAGAAUCCUGUAUUGCCUCUAUUUGCAAAUCUGAAGCAUUUGGAAUUACUAGUUGUAGCAAAUUAUUAUAAGGCACUUCAUCAUUUAAAUAGCUUCCUCAAGGCAUCUCCUUACUUGCAGAGACUCGUAUUGAAGUUGCAGCUGUAUUCGGAGAGAGCAUGCAUGGGAAUGGGAGAAAUUGAGAAAGCAGCUGAUUGCCCCCAUAAUCACCUCAAGGUAGUAGAAAUAGUUGGCUAUCGAGCUCAUAAAUCUGGUGUUGAACUUGUCAUGCACUUAAUAAAGAAUGGUCUUGGACUGGAGAAAAUUGUGAUUGAUCCUGUACGGACAUGGAGACACCCUAAUGGAGCUGAUAAGCCACAUACAGAACUCGAUGAAGAAGUGAAGGCAAGAGAUCAUGCUAAGCAAUACCUUGAAGCAAAAAUGCCUUCAACUGUAGAAUUUGUGUGCCUGUAG